CCCAGACAAAUUUGUGUUGCUUAGCGAUCUGCAUUGCCGGCAUCGUUCCUUUUUCUGCUAGCUUUCAGUGGGAUAUACAUGUUAUAAUCAUGAAGCUGAACAUUUCGUACCCGGCCACGGGAUGCCAAAAACUCUUCGAAAUUGUCGAUGAACAUAAAAUUCGUAUGUUCUAUGAGAAACGCAUGGGCACAGAAGUUGAUGCCGAUGCAUUAGGUGACGAAUGGAAAGGUUAUGUCUUCCGUAUUGCUGGAGGCAAUGACAAACAGGGUUUCCCUAUGAAGCAAGGUGUCCUCACCAACGGUCGUGUUAGAUUGUUGCUUUCCAAGGGACACUCUUGCUACAGACCACGUCGUACUGGUGAACGUAAAAGGAAGUCAGUCCGCGGAUGCAUUGUUGACGGAAAUCUCAGUGUUCUUGCUUUAGUGAUUGUUCGCAAAGGAGAGAAGGACAUUGCUGGUUUGACUGACACCACUAUUCCACGUAGGUUGGGUCCAAAGAGGGCAACCAAAAUCCGUAAGCUGUUCAACUUGAGCAAAGAGGACGAUGUACGUCAAUACGUUGUCAAGCGUCCAUUGCCAGUUAAGGAAGGCAAGAAGCUGCGCUUCAAGUCUCCCAAGAUCCAGCGUUUGGUAACUCCCCAAGUUCUCCAACGCAAACGUCAUCGUAUUUCCUUGAAGAAGAAGCGCGUCGUCAAGGCUAAGGAGGAAGCUGAUAACUACGCUAAGUUGUUGGCCCAACGCAAGAAGGAAUACAAAGUGAAGAGACAAGAGGAGCUUAAGAGGCGUCGUUCCGCCAGCAUGCGCGACAGCAAGUCCAGCACCCAUAGUGCACAAAAAUAAAUUUAUUAUUUAAAAAAAGCAAACCCUAGAGUAAUCGAUAUAAUUCCGGACCACUCAGGUUUUAUACUUUUAAAAUAAAUGUCAUUGCUCUA